AUGGAGGCUGUCGACUCAUGCCAGGCGACGCUGCAGGAGGACGGACGAGGGAAAGAACAGGGCGAGACGACGGAGCUGCGGAUAUCCCAAUGCAGCCGAUAUUCUGUUGAAACGAUCGAACAUUGCCGUCGCACUCCCAUCCUGCGCAGUUGCGUUGCGUGUGCAGAAACGACGUUCGACGACGCCCAUCGGGUGAAAGCACCAGACUCGCAUCGCAACUCUUUCCCCUGGUUCAACGGCGUCACGAGCAGAAGAAACCCUUUCACCGAGGCGUGA